AUGGAGUCUCCGUCCCUCCGCCCGGAUUCCCCCAUGGAGCAGGAGGACAUCCCAUACCCGUGCAUGGGUUGUGGAGAGAUUUUAGAGGAAGGGAAAGCUUUCGAGCUUUCUGGACAGAGAUGGCACAUCGACUGCUUCCGAUGCAGCACUUGCAAUUGUCUCCUAGACUCCGAUGCGCACCUCCUUCUUCUCGGCGACGGCUCUCUAAUUUGUAGUUCAUGCACCUACAGCUGCAACUCGUGCGGCAACAAGAUCGAGGACUUGGCUAUUUUGACCGGUGAUCAGGCAUUCUGCGCGCAGUGCUUCCGGUGUCGAAACUGCAAGAGGAAAAUCGAAAACUUACGCUAUGCGCGUACAUCGCAGGGGAUAUUCUGUAUGGACUGUCAUGAGUCCUUAAUGCAAAGACGACGGAAGAAAAAAGCAACGGCAGCGGCACGAAAACCAGGAGCGAAAUUGGAUAAAUCCUUACCCUCACUUCCCCCGAGCAUGGAGACUCAGUCCAUUGAUGAGUCUCCCAGUGAGGCUUACGUGGAGGCUGCUGAUAUCCAGAUAGCUGGACCGGAUGGUUCUGCAGGCCGGGAAAGAUCUCCGACACGAGAGGCCGCCACAGACAAUCUCCUCCUUCCCUCUAGUACCUACCGAAGCAGUCGUCACAUGGGUUCACAACGUGACAAUAGCAAUACCCAAAACAACAACGAAGCGGACGGGGGCGGAGAGCUCCUGAUCCCUCUCGCCUUUGAUCCCUCAGAAAGCCAGCGGUCUUCUUCGCGCAGACAGUCACAGCUUAUCCAAGAGCCUCCUCGCGACUACUUCAACCAGCUGCGAUCUGGAGGUUCCUCAAUUCGAACAUCUCGCGACGGCCGCGACUAUUCCAUAGAACCUCCGUCUCGUACUCCCUCGGAACAUCCUUCCCCUCAUAUUGCAUAUCAAGAGAUAGGGUACGAGCGUGGGGAAGAUUCUUACCGGCGUGAUAUGGACGGUGACGGACCGACCAAGCCCUUUGCGCCGGGUGUUGAAUCCAGACUUGGGAAAACGGAGUCUGCCCGCAGUUCUCGAUCUGAUCUGCCAUUGGCGAUGAGAGAAACCGGCCAUUUCUCGAAUGCGACGAGCCCAGAGAGGAGUAGAUCCAAGGACACUGCUAACGAUACGACUCGAUCGAUGCCCCUCGAGAGUGUCACAACCGCCCCCACACGCCCUUCAAAUGAGCUACGCAAACUUCAUGAACAUGACUCCGUGGACUCUUCACGUUCUCAGCAGUCUGUGUAUCCACCAAGGCGCGGCGACUCGCUCGAGAAAGGACCCCGUUCAAUUGCCCGGAAAGACUUUGGCUCAUCACCUAGCUCCUCCGCUUAUGGCUCGCCUACGUUGCCCAACGUUGGGUUUGAACAGCCGAAGCACCAGCUUACCUCUCUUGAUACGCGGGACGGCGCAGACUCGCCAUCCAUUCCACAAUAUAAGGGUGGCAGCGAGUUCUCUGCCGAUGAAGAUUUGGCUCGUCUCAUGAGCGAGGAUGGAACCAGCGACUCUUUUAUACGCCGCAUGUCAAGCUCCAUUCGUCAUGGCCGAAGCCACAGCGAGAAGAGUAUACGGACCGGGAGGGAAGGCAAGAACCCCAGAUCUCCCGCAAGUAUUACGGGCACGGAGAUUGCUAGCCCUACCACGAGCACUUCUCAGGCCGAGGAGAUUGCUUGGCUUCGCGCUGAACUGCGCAAGGAACGCCAACGUUCGGCGGAAAUGGAAGGCAACAUUCGCGCUACUGUGGAUGUAAAGAAGGUCAACACUGAGCUCUCUGAAAAGCGCUCAACCAUGGUUGUACUUGAUGCUCAGAGAGAGAUCGUUCUGCGGGAACUCAACGUGCUUACUGAUCACCUUGAGGCAGAGAAGCGCGGUGCGGCUGGUGGGCCCUUGGAUCUUGGAAAGCUUUCAAACCAUGUAUUGCGAGAACUCGCUGAAGCCAUUCACAAACUCAAGGAGUCCUAUGCGCCUCAGAUCGAAGAACUCAUCCAGCAGCGUAAUGAGCUUCAAGAGGAGCUUGCCACCAUCACUCGUCAGAAGGAGAAGACGUUCCAAGAAUUCGAACAGCUAUCAUCCAAGAACGCCCAGUUGGCUGAACUGAACAACCAACUGGUGCACCAGAUUCAAGAACUGUACAAGGUCAACUCGGAUGGCCAGCGCGGUCCAAAUGGUAUUGGGAUCGUUCAGAACAAGGAGAAAUCUAUGGCAUCCGUUGAGACUAUGAACGCCGCUGCUCACGACUUCCCGCCGUCGAUUUCUUAUGCUCAUAUGACAGACGAUGCUGAGACUACUACAGCUACGGCUACCGUGGUCCCAGGUCCUCAGGUUGUCAGUAUCCGAAAGGGACAACCUCGCAAGUUCAAUUGGAAGAAGGGCGGUCAGAACGUCGCGAAGGGUGUGAAGGGCUUAAAGGGAGCCUUCAUGUCCAGCGAGACCGAGGCUGUCGGUGGUCUGCCUCGCUCGCAGACUCAAGACCCGAGCCGCCAGGGCUUUGGGUUCUUUGGGAACCAGAGAAACAAGCAGGGAGGCAAGAUGUCGCAGGCCGACAGCGUGCCCGCGUUGUCUGAGGCUGCAGGCGGUGGUCUCUUUGGUACCGAUCUCGAGGCACGAAUGGAGCACGAGAAGAGUAUUAUCCCCGCCAUUGUCACCCGGUGCAUCCAAGAAGUCGAACUCCGCGGCAUGGACAUGGAGGGUAUCUACCGCAAGUCCGGUGCCGCCUCAGCGAUCCAAGGUAUUCGAGAUGGUUUCGAACGCAAUCCGUUCGACUACGACAUUUCGGAUCCCGACCUCGAUAUCCACGCUGUUACCUCUGCUCUCAAGCAAUACUUCCGCAAGCUCCCUAUGCCUUUGAUCACCUACGAUGUUUACGAGACGAUCAUCGAUUCUGCAGAAAUCACCAGCGUGGCUGGGCGGGUGGAGCUUCUCCAGAAAAAUCUGGGAGAGUUGCCCCGUAUGCAUCGAGAUGUUCUCGAGUUCCUCGUUUUCCACCUAAGGCGUGUCGUUGAACGCCAGGAGGAGAACCUGAUGACCAGUCAGAACGUCGCUGUCGUCUUCGCUCCGACCAUCAUGCGGCCUGAGAGCUUGGCCCGCGAGAUGACCGAUGUCCAAAAGAAAAACGACGUCCUCAAGUUUCUGGUGGAUAAUUGUCAGGACAUUUUCAUGGGCAUGCAAGGCUAG